AUGGUUCUAACGUGGUUCAUAACCGGUUGCUCCAGCGGCUUUGGAGAGUCCUUUGUUCGUCAACUCUGCGCUGCAGGCGACAAUGUUGUAGCGACAGGAAGAAAUGCCGAGACAAAGCUUUCUCAUUUGAAAGAUACUGGCGCGGCAAUCCUUGACCUAGAUGUUGCGGCACCUCCUGAGGUCAUCAAAGCCAAAAUCGACGAAGCUUGGGGCAUCUAUGAUGGAAUCGACGUUAUUGUGAACAACGCCGGUUUUAUUCUCAGUGGGCCGUUUGAAGAGCAAAGUCAAGAGGAUCUGGAAAGGUCAUUCCAAGUCAAUCUGCAUGGGCCCUUGAACAUCACUCGUGCGAUAUUGCCGUAUUUCAAAGGGAGAAAGUCUGGGACAUUGCUCUAUGUCAGUUCUCAAGCUGCGUGGCACUCCGAUCCUGGUGCAUCCAGUUAUUGCGCCAGCAAGUUCGCCUUGGAAGGUGCCGUGGAAUGUCUCGCCAAAGAACUUGCAAUAGUAGCACCAACCUUGAGAAUACUCAUCGUUGAACCAGGAUACUGCCGUACACCCGUCUUCGACAAAGUGCAGUAUGUUACAGGAGGUGUGCCUGAGUACUCUCAAUUCAACGAAGCGGUUCGAAGUGGUGUGGCUACAUUGUCGGCAACUUCGCCAGGGAAUCCAGAGAUGGCUGUUGCUCGGAUGAUUGAGCUGGUGAAAGGAACCGGGUUUGCGGAAGGAAAGCCAGUGCCUCUGCGUGUGCCACUGGGCUCAGACUGCUGGGAAAGAGUAAAGGGCAAGUGUGAGGAGACGUUGGAAAUCUGCAAAGAAUGGGAGGGUAUAGCUAGGAGUACUGACUACAAGACAGAGGUGUAG